GCAGUUGUGCCCUCCCAGUGUUCCUCCCUCUCUCUGAGACCAGAGGUGGACUUAGAGCCACUGGAAAAGGACACACAUUUAAAAGUAUAUUCAUUUUAGCAGCCUAGGAGAGCACUCAGUCACCUGCUGGAGCUCAGCUGCUUACUACAUCUACACUACUGUACUUCCGUCCACUCUCUCAAACUCUUGGCAUAAUGGAAAGUGCUGCUGCUUUUCUGCAAGUGUGGGGUUUGUUCGAUCCAAACGAUCACGGCUUCAUCGAGGGGAAGCAUGUGGACGAGUUUUUCCGGCACGUUGUGAAGAAAUCAGGGGUGACAGACAAGCUGAUAGAGGACAGACUGCAGCGACUUAGAGACGUGAGUGCAGGAGGCCGUCUGCAAAUCUAUCAGGUGGCCAGCAUUGUCCUGCCUGAAGAGGAGCACUUCCUGUUGCUGUUCCGCAGAGAGACGCCCCUAGACAACAGCGUGGAGUUUAUGAGGAUAUGGAGACGCUAUGAUGCAGACAGCAGUGGCUUCAUAUCAGCUGUGGAACUGAAGAGUUUUCUUGAAGAUUUGCUUGAGCAGCACAACAAGAGCAUCGCGCCGGAUAAACUGGAGCUGUACACCAACACCAUCAUGAAGAUGUUCGAUAAAAACCAAGAUGGCCACCUGGAUUUAAAUGAUCUGGCCAGAAUUCUGUCCUUGAAGGAGAACUUCCUGCUGAAGUUUGAGAUGGAUGCCUGCAGUCAAAAUGACAGAGCGAGAGAUUUUGAAAAAAUCUUUGCCCACUAUGAUGUGAGUAAAACAGGAGCCCUGGAGGGACCAGAGGUGGACGGAUUCGUUAAAGACAUGAUGGAGCUGGUCAAGCCCAACCUAAGUGGGACAGACUUGGACAGGUUCAAACAGGCCCUGCUUAGCCACUGUGAUGUCAACAGAGAUGGAAAGAUCCAGAAGAACGAGCUGGCACUGUGUCUGGGGCUGAAGCUGGCUCCCUGAUGUGCAGCACACAAAGCAACCUUUUACUGUCAUGUACACACACACACACACACACACACACACACACACACACACACACACACACACACACACACACA